AUGAGUGUUUAUAGUCUGAGGCUCAUCAAUUUUAUCAGAGCUGCUGAAAUCCUCUUUAUUUCAUGUCAACAGUUUCUUUUACAUCGCUAUACUGAUGUCUUGUGAAGACGAGCUUCAGACCAUCAGGAAAAAGUGAAAUCUGCAAAUAUAUAGUAUAACAAUGACCUCUGUUUAUUGAAGGACAGUGAGAAGAUGAGUGAUCCAGAUCUUGGCAGUAUUAAACAGGAAGAGACUGAAGAACUAAUAGAUGUGAUUGUAAAGGAGGAGAGUGAAGAACUGAGUGAAGAUGAGGAGAAACAUCAGGUCAAAAGUGAAGAAAACACUCUAUCCGAGACUGAACAAAGUAUUUUAAUGAACAUAACAACCGUGAAUGGUUUCAUCUGCAGUCAGUGUGGAAAGAGUUUCAAGAACAAGUACACUCUCAAUUAUCACAUGAUGAUCCACAAUGGAGAGAAACCGUACACGUGUUCACACUGCGAGAAGAGUUUCAGUCAUUCAGGGAACCUGAAAAAGCAUGAGAGGACUCACACUGGAGAGAAACCGUUUCACUGCGUUGUUUGUGGGAUGAGCUUCACACAGUCAUCUUCUCUGCAAAGACACACAAAAAAGAUUCACAACCUGAUUGUGAAGGAGGAGGAUGAGGAGGAGGAGGAAAGUGAAGAAGUUGUUGAAGCCACGACGGUCCACCGAAGCGUUCAAACAAAGGACAAACCGCAUUCAUGCUCUUGGUGUGGAAAUAGUUUUGCACAUCAGGCACAUUUAAGAGAACACGAGCGGAUUCACACUGGAGAGAAACCAUUCACAUGUCCUCAGUGCGGGAAGAGUUUCAGACACUCGUCAUCCUUUACUCAACACAUGAUGAUCCACACUGGAGAGAAAACGCACACCUGUGAUCACUGCGGCAAAACAUUUUUGAGGCCUUCACAGCUGAAGAAACAUCUUGGAGUUCAUAAAAGGAGAAGACAGAUUCAUGUUCUCUGUUAGUAAAGAGUUUUACACACUUAAACAAUAUUCACCUACCUGAACACUCUACGUUGUUUUCAUUAAACAUCUCAUUUGAUAGUUGACGAUGUCGAUGC